AUGGCGACAGACCUCACGGCGGAGGUCUUGUCUGCCCUCGCUACAGCCGAAGCACCCAUCUUCUCCCAGGAUGCCUUCCCUUCACAUCCACCCGAGGUCAUCAAAGCGACCCUGGACAGGCUGGGUUCUCGAGAGAUGGUGGAAUAUGAGAAGCUCGACACAGAAGAAGUACACCUGACGCCAGAAGGCGAAGGGAUUGCUGAAAAUGGCAGCCACGAAGCUCGCGUGUUUGAAGCUGUCAGAUCCGCCCUGGAGGGACUGAAGAUCAAAGACCUGCCGACAAUUGUCGGCGCCGAGGCUGCCAAAGUCGGCCAAGGGACGGCGUUCAAGCUGAAAUGGAUAGAGAAGGAUAAGGACGUGUUGAAAGCCGCGAAAGAUUCCAUCACAGACACAGUUAGGGACCAGCUACAAACUAUCAGGUCUACCAAGUCAUACGCGGAUACCAAGGUGAUUGUUGAGCUGCGGAAGCGGAAGCUCAUCUCCCUACAUAAGGUCUCUACGUACAAGAUAUCCAGAGGUCCCAAAUACUCGAAUCAAUUCGUCAAGGAAGAGACCGAUCUAACGGCAGACAUGCUCGCCAGCGGUGCUUGGAAGACUGUCAAAUUAAAACCAUACAACUUCAAGGCGAAAGGUGCUCCCACACCAUCUGGUGCCCUUCAUCCUCUGAACAAAGUCCGACACGAAUUCCGGCAAAUCUUCUUUGAAAUGGGUUUCGAGGAGAUGCCAACCAACCGAUAUGUUGAAACCGGCUUUUGGAACUUCGACGCGCUCUUCGUCCCUCAACAACAUCCAGCUCGCGAUCUACAAGACACGUUUUAUAUCUCCGACCCUCCUCGAGCAGAUCCACCUCGAGAAGAUCCACCUUCCUCGUCCUCAACCGAUACUACCCUCCCCUCGACCUCGAAUCCCACAGACUCGAAAACACCCUCCCGAAGUCUGGACUAUAGGAAAUACUGGGACGAUGUCCGUGCCGUCCAUCAAGACGGUAAAUACGGUUCAAUCGGCUACCGCUACCCCUGGUCCGAAGACGAGUCUCUCAAACUCGUUCUUCGCACCCACACCACCGCCAUCUCAACCUGGAUGCUUCACAAACUCGCUCAGGACCCCCGGCCGGCCCGCUACUUCUCCAUAGACCGUGUCUUCCGCAAUGAGACCGUGGAUCAAACCCAUCUCGCCGAGUUCCACCAAGUCGAAGGCGUGAUCGCCGACUUCGGUCUGACCCUUGGCGGCUUGAUUGGCUUCAUGGAGGUCUUCUUCAAGAAGAUGGGGAUCGUGAAUUUGAGGUUCAAACCGGCGUAUAAUCCGUAUACGGAGCCGAGUCUGGAGAUCUUCAGCUGGCACGAGGGGUUGAAGAAGUGGGUGGAGAUUGGAAAUAGUGGCAUGUUCAGGCCGGAAAUGUUGUUGCCGAUGGGUCUGCUGGAGGAUCUGAGGGUUUAUGGGUGGGGCUUGAGUCUGGAGAGGCCGACUAUGAUCAAGUACGGCGUGAAUAAUAUUCGAGCACUGCUGGGACAUAAAGUUGAUCUCAACUUUAUUGAAUCGAAUCCAGCCGUCAGGCUUGAGAAAGCGUAG